CUCCUGUCCUGCUGGUGGCAGCAGUGCGCCGCCAUGCUCUGCUGGCAGCAUCGUCCGUCCGUGACACAGGACUCCACAGUAAACACAGAUUUUUACCACACCGAGAGCGAACCAGAGACCAACGGUUACCUGAACAGAGAGGCUACUUUGUUGUUCCCCAAGUGAUGUGCAUAGUGGGACAUUAGCUGAACCCCCUCCCUGUCCUGUUGCUGCUCCCCCUGAAGACCUCCACCACCACUACCUCCUUCCUCUUCCUCCACCUUCUCCUCCCUCCGGCCAAACCUGUGAUGCCUCCCUCAUGCUGUGGCUACCUGUCACAGUACACCCAUCAUCAUCUGGUUGCCUUUCUCCUCACCUUCUUUAGUUAUGUGUUGCUGCAUGCAUCCAGGAAGACAUUCAGCAAUGUGAAAGUGAGCAUCUCAGCCCAGUGGACACCAUCUGUCCUGAAUGAAAGUCUCUCCCCGGGCGAGACAUGGCAGGACAAUCAUCUGUUUGAAGAUGAAAAGCAGGCAACUCUGUUCCUGGGAGCUCUGGACUCCAUCUUCCUCUUCUCGUAUGCAGUGGGUCUGUAUCUCAGUGGUAUUAUUGGGGACAGAGUGAACCUCCGCUAUGUGCUCUGCUUCGGCCUGUGUGGCUCUGCUGCAGUGGAAUUUGUGUUCGGCACGCUCACGGAAUGGCUCCACAUCUACAACAUCUAUCUGUACUGCAGCCUGUGGGUGCUGAACGGCCUGCUGCAGUCGGCCGUCUGGCCCUGCGUGGUGGCCGUCAUGGGCAACUGGUUCGGCAAGACGGGCCGUGGUUUUGUGUUUGGCCUGUGGAGUGCUUGUGCCUCUGUAGGCAACAUCCUGGGAGCCUUCCUGGCUUCCAGUGUUCUCAAGUAUGGAUAUGAGUAUGCCUUCCUGGUGACGUCAGUGGUUCAGUUUGCUGGUGGGGUGGUGGUGUUCUUCGGCCUACUUACCUCCCCAAAAGAAGUCGGUUUGUGCUUGGAGUCAGAGCUUGGCCCAGUAGAGACGGACACAGAUAGCCACCGACCUCUGAUGAGCGACGAGGAGGACGAGGUGGAGGUGGAGGUGUACGCCAGGCGGCACCAGUCCAUUCAGCAGCCGGACGAACCUCUGGCCGAGCCUCCUCAGGCCAUCGGCUUCUGUCAGGCUUUCUGUCUGCCCGGAGUGGUGCCUUAUUCCCUGGCUUAUGCGUGUCUGAAGCUGGUCAACUACUCCUUCUUCUUCUGGCUUCCUUUCUACCUGAGUAACAACUACGGCUGGAAGGAGGCAGAGGCCGACCGCCUGUCUGUGUGGUACGAUGUUGGAGGAAUCAUCGGGGGGACAGUCCAGGGUUUGAUUUCUGACUUCAUGGGAAAGAGAGCCCCAGUGUUGGCCACCAGCCUGGCACUGGCGAUGGGAGCCCUAGUGGGCUACAGCCGAUCACCUAACGACCAGGUGAUCAAUGCCGCGCUGCUGGCCACCACUGGCUUCUUCAUUGGUGGCCCGUCUAAUAUGAUCAGCUCUGCCAUAUCCGCUGACCUGGGCAGGCAGGACGCUCUGAGGGGGAGUCAGGAGGCUUUGGCUACCGUCACUGGCAUCGUGGAUGGAACUGGGAGUAUGGGAGCUGCCGGGGGGCAGUACCUGGUGUCCCUGAUUGAGAGCAAGCUAGGCUGGAUGUGUGUCUUUUACUUCUUCAUCGUCAUGACAGGGGGCAGCAUUGUCUUCAUCACUCCCUUGCUCUUCAGAGAGGUGCGCGCCAUGUGGAGAGACAGACAAGCGUUGCACCGCCAGUUGUGAAAGCAUUAACAUAAAGCAGACGUGAUGCUCCUACUGUUAUCGAUGGUGACACAGCGAGGCUGCACAGGCACUCACCUUUUCUGUGAGUUUCAUGAGAUGGAAGGGUUUGGUGGAUGCUUUUUUUCUCACAGUUGCGAUUGUUAUGGUGACCUGGGGUUAGAGUGAGUCUAACCCCCACAUGCAUGGCCCGUAUUUGUCUGUGAGCAGGAAAGAGAGUCUUUGAGCACAACACUGAAGUCUUAUCUGCUCACUACAAGGCUGAAAUGUGAAAAAAAAGGAUCUGGAGGUUGAUGUGCCUAACUGAAAGGCAUUUAAAGGGACCUGGCUGUCAGGCACAACCACUCUGUGAAUUCAUCACAGAAUGUACUCGUGUAUAUAUAUUUUAGGAUUUUAAAUGGAUGUAAAAACUUGACAUUUUUUUAAUGCACACAUUUUAAUCAGGAGUUCUAAACUUAAAGAUCAAGCACUCAGAGGCAGAUUGGAGGUCAGGAUUACUGAAAGAAUGUGAAUAAUAAUGGUAAUGUAGAAAGUGACCGUCAGCUUUUGUAUUUAUGUAUGAUAUUUUUGUUGUUUGUGGUUAAGAUAAUGACUAUGGCACUGUAGUAAUCAGACAGUCAUCAUUAAGUCUUGAAGAUUUUAGAAAUUCAAAGCCACUUGAUUUAUUGUGUGUACAGUUUUGUGUAGUCAGAACCUUUACUGUAAAGCCUUUCCAUCAUGGGGACUGGUCCUCUUGAUUAUGUAACUGUGUCAGCCACUGACAGAUAUUUGCUUUUUGUUGAUUUUUUUUUUACUUUACUGGAAUGUUUAUGCCUCAAAUUUUCGUGUCUUAAAUGCCAGGAAACUGCUCCUCAUACAAAACAAACUGACAGAAACACAACCAGAAAAAUCGUCCAUUGUGUUCUCACAUGAUUAGUUUACAGUGUACUGUACAUGUAACACUUCAAGUGUUUUAUUCCAUACUGACAUUGAAGAAGAGAAACAUUUGUUUGUGUUUGAUCUGUUGCUGAACAUGGUCAGUUAUCACGGUGAGUCUUUGUACACUGUACUUACAGUGAUUGUGGGAAAUACAGCAGCCAUAUGCUGGGAAGUUUUUGCGAAUGUUGUCUACUUUUCGAGACAGUUUGGUCAGUAAUCUGUCUUCAUCUCGAAAAAAAUCAAUUUUGUUCAAAUCUCUAAAACAAAAUGAUUUGAUUUACAGUGAUUUUACAGCCACUGACACAGAAGGAACUUUGCUCCCCUUUGCUGGGACUGGUUCCUUGUGCUAAACCAGUAGCAGUGGAGUCUAAAGUGAGACAUGCAAAGUCAAAUGUUAUUAAAAUGAACAUUGAUAUGUGUGUGGAAUGUGUAACACUAUCUGUGGUAUAAUUUUUUAUUUUUUACAUUUGUUUAUUUUAAAAGUUUUGAUGUAAAUGCAAAUUUUCAUUUAAAAUAAAUGCAAAUCACAUCAUAA